AUGCGGGAACUGCAAGAAGCGAAAGUACGUACCGGAUGCUUCGCUGUACAUGCGGCGCGUUCCUGUGAUGCACAUGCCUUUUGUGGUUCCAGGUUCAGGCACAAUCUUCUGACAAUCUGCAGACACCAGUGUCCAGGCUACCGAGACCUGUUCGAUGCGCUGCACAAAGAUGAGACGCCAAUUGUUGCCCAGACCAAGAAGCCGCCGAAGAAGACCCCCAAGAUCGAAGCAGCUCACUCACCCUCAACCACCAAUGAAGAGCUCGACUUGCAUGAGAUCAUGACGGCCAGCUCCGCGUCGCCUAUACCAACCGGCCCCGUGAUGAUCCUGAUUGAGCCGUCCAGAGAUGCUCAAGCAGAGUGCCUAUCGUACUUCUUUUCGAAUUAUGUCAAUAUUCCUCGAGAUCCGAGCACAAACAUCUUCAUCGAACAUAUUCUUCCGCUGUACCUGAACGCGCCUGUCAACUCGGCCCUUGUGCAGUCUGUCCACGCUGUUGCGAUCAAUGUCACGCAGAUGUGGGUGUCUAGAAAUAUGGACUCAUACCUAGCCCGGGAGACCUAUGCCAGCGCUGUCAGCUUAUUGAAGACUGCUCUGGCCGACCCGGUCGAGUCCAAAAGUGAUGAUACUCUGGCCGCAGUGUUCCUUCUCGAUUUCUAUGAUUCUCUCAACAAGCGAUUCGUCGGUUUCAUUGACAAUGGUACACAUCAACAAGGAGCUGUUGCGCUUCUCCGACAUAGGGGUAAAGAAAAUUUCAAAACACCAACUUCUCAACGCCUCUUGACAGCACUGAGAAGCCGGCAUAUUAGCUUCGCAAUGCAAGCAGGCCAAAAGGUCGCGUUGAACGAAGACCUUCUUGCAGAGGAGACCGCCGUACUUCCCUCCGCCAAGCUUGACUUAAUCAACGCCGAACUUGCGGAUUUGCAUGUGGUGGCUGCCGAGGGAGCCCAAGCUAUGAAUAUGACACUCGUCGAAUUUUAUGAGACCAUCCUCAGGAAAGCGUUGGCAAUCGACAAGAAGCUUCAGGCAUGGCGGGAGGCUCUCCCCAAGUCCUGGCUGCCCGUCGCCGUACCUUCCUCAGAACUUCACCCGUCCAUCCGAGCAGCUGGAGUCUACGGCGAUACAGUCGAUGUGUACUCGUCGCUGACCGUCUCACAUGUUAACAAUGCCUCUCGCAGUUCUCAUGUCGGUGCACUUCGACUUAUGGCGCUUUGCAAGCAAGAACUCGAAGCCCUCGGCGUUGACGUUGAUCCGAGAUUAGACUCACACCUAAAAUCCCGAACACAGGAGAUAACGGAUCGCUUCUGCGCGUCCCUACCAUAUCACCUUGGCAAUCGAACGACACUGCGAUUUCCACACGAACACAGCGAGUAUCCUCAUGUCCCCGAGGAGCUUCGCAAAUUGGCCAACUAUGUCGACCCAUUUGGUAACCCUGUCGAGAUGACUCAGGAAGACCACAUCCGUGCCGCAGCCGCAAUAGGUGGGUGGUUUGUCAUGACACCUCUUAUCGGGUUUCUGAAGUCUCCUGUCUUGAGAUGGCCUCAUAACAAACCAGGGCCACUCGUGAGAACUCUACGUCCCGGGCAACUAGAUUGGAUCAGAGGCCAGAUGCAUCGACUGCAGAAGAUUUACGGACUGCCCACGAUACCGAUGGCAUUUUCGAGCCCUUCUCCAGAUAUACGGCUGCCUUCGCCCGCUCAAACGGUAUAUCCAACCAUCCUGAAUAGACAAAUUUGGCAAGUAUAA